AUGUUCCGUGCGCUGGCAACACUCUCCCUCGCCGGACGGCGGCUUGGUGGAGGACAGGCCCGGUCGAGCUCGAGCGUGACGUGCAAAGCAGCUAUUGCCUACGAGCCGGGGCAGCCGCUUGUGGUGGAGGACGUGGUUGUGGCUCCGCCUGCGCCUGGCGAAGUCCGUGUGCGACUGGCGGCGACGGGCGUGUGUCACACUGAUGCCUUUACUCUCUCGGGCGAUGAUCCCGAGGGUCUUUUUCCGGCGAUUCUGGGUCACGAGGGUGCUGGCGUGGUUGAGGCUGUGGGCGAGGGUGUGGAGGGGCUGGUCGAGGGCGACACGGUCAUCCCGCUGUACGUGCCCGAGUGCGGAACGUGCUCGUUCUGCACCCAUCCCAAGGGCACCAACCUUUGUCAGUCGAUUCGCGAGACUCAGGGUGCCGGCUUCAUGCCCGACGGCUCGUCGCGCUUCACUCGCGCUUCGGACGGCAUGGAGCUGUUCCACUACAUGGGCACCUCGACGUUUUCGCAGUACACGGUUGUGCCCGAAAUCGCACUCGCCAAGAUCAAUCCAACUGCGCCGCUGGACAAAGUGUGUUUGCUCGGGUGCGGCAUCACGACCGGCAUCGGCGCCGUGACUAACACGGCCAAGGUCGAGCCCGGCUCUUCGGUUGCGGUCUUUGGCCUCGGUGGCGUCGGCCUCUCGGUCAUCCAGGGCGCGCACCUGGCCCAGGCCCGGGACAUCUACGCCAUCGACAUUAACCCGGACAAGUUUGAGGGUGCCAAGGCCAUGGGCGCCACCCACUUUGUCAAUCCGCACGACUAUCCCGACCGGCCGAUCCAGGAGGUGCUUGUCGAGAUGACCGGCGGUGGCUUUGACUACACCUUUGAGGCGGCCGGCUCGGUCGAGCUGAUGCGCAGCGCUCUCGAGGCUGCCCACAAGGGCUGGGGCGAGUCGAUUGUCAUUGGUGUCGCCGGCGCUGGUGAGGAGAUCUCCACCCGCCCGUUCCAGCUCGUCACCGGCCGGGUCUGGCGCGGCUCGGCCUUUGGCGGCACCAAGGGCCGCUCGCAACUCCCGGCCAUGGUCGACGACUACCUCGCCGGCAAGAUCAAGGUCGAUGAGUACGUCACCCACGUUCUCCCGCUCGCCGACAUCAACAAGGCAUUUGAUCUCAUGCAUGCCGGUACCUCGAUCCGCACCGUCAUCGACCUUUCGUGA